CGCGCUGUGCUUCGCCCUUGGUCGACUGGUCUCAGACAUUAUGCGCUUCUUCCAAUGGUUCCGUCCGCCUUCUGCUCCAGAUGAGAUCUAUUCGUCCAGCCUCGAAACGCUUCACCUAGGUCGCGCCCUCUGGUACCCGGAGCCGCAUGCAACGGGGGAGCCGCAGAUUGGCGACGUAGGCUACAUACGCGAGGGUGCGUUCAUCAGACUAUUCAACGUAGACACCUCUGCGCCCGAGAAGAAGGUUACAUUUUGGCCAAUAUCGUUUGAAGACAUAGAGCCUUUGCCCCCACAUGUACUCCAGAUUGAUCCCAGGCGUCGUCCGCUCGCUCCCGACCAUUAUUGCAGCCACGGAGUUGAAGCUACGAGGGUCCAUGCUUCGGUGGAUCUGUGAGUGAAUAAGCUCGCUCGGG